AAAGCCCGAUUAUUUGAAUUUGACGGAGGGGGGAGAAACCGAACAGAAACUCAAAAAGCUGUGUCCUUUCUAUUUGCUCCUCCACCCACCUCCCUCCUAGGGUUCAGCUUUUGAGCCACACUUUCCUCUUAAUGUCUAAGGAAAAUGCGCAUGCAAUGGUGCCUCAAAUUUCUAGAGGAGAAAUCACAGAUGAACAAAAGGCUCGAAUUUCUCUGAACUUCAGAGCCGCAAAGGCACUACUUGCUCGCAAACGGCCUCGCCUCGAAGCAUCCCCUCAUCAUCAAUUUCCUCCUCACAAAAUUGUGGAUGCAAAUGGAAUUGCAACCCCGGUUACUAGCAUCAAGAGGGUUCCUCUUGCAGAGGUACCGACAAACACGCCAUCCCCAUCUUUUGUGAUGGGGGUCAAGUCAACAGGUUGUGAAAAUAGGAGCAGUUCCUGUUCUGGGGGCGUAACUAUCAAUCGGAUGGAAUUAACUGAUCAUAGUUCUAGAGCAAGCAGGAUUGGUGUUCCUUUAGAGAAUGACCACUUGUUAGAUUCUUUUAAAACUCCUCUGAAACAACCAGAAUGUUCUACUUUAAUUGAUUCCGUUUCGAUGCCUAGCAUUCUAGAUGAUGAUUUUGAUGAGUCCAUUUUAGAAGAAAUAGAUGUCUUCUGUGACCAGAAAUCUGCAGAAAAAGCAGAGAGGGAGGUUCCUAGUGGUGAAAUUUUUGUGGGUAGUCAGCAUACUAAUAAUAGUAGUAGUAUACUCAGCACCACUUUGGAGCCUGCCACAGGGUACGAGGAUGUGAGAAGUCAAGGCACAUUGGAUUCUGGAAGUCAUUUAGACACUCGAGCAAACGGGUCAGGUACUUCUCAGACCGUACAGACUGGGAACAUGCCUGAGGAGUACCUGAAAUAUUUGCAGUCUCUGAAUGACAGGCAAAGAGAAGCAUCUUGUUAUGAUAUUUCAGUCCCUUUGAUGAUUGUUGCUGGUCCUGGAAGUGGAAAGACUUCCACAAUGGUUGGGCGUGUGUUUAUGCUGCUUAAUGAGGGUAUUAGUCCGUCAAACAUUCUGGCGAUGACUUUUACUACAGCAGCAGCUUCUGAGAUGAGAGAUCGCAUUGGUGCAGUGGCUGGAAAGGCAACUGCUAAGGAGCUCACAAUCAGCACGUUCCAUUCAUUUUCCUUGCAACUUUGUCGUUCACAUGCAGAGAAGUUAGGGCGCACAUCAGAAUUCCUAAUAUAUGGACAAGGGCAACAGAGAAAAGCAACUAUUGAGGCUGUGCGGUUAUUAGAAAAUGAGAAAAGUAUACAAAAUCAUAAUGCCUGCAUACUUGGUGAAGGGUCUAAUGGUCUAACGUCUCUGCAACAUCUUAAGGAUAAGUCAAGGAAAUGGCUGAAGUUUGUGACCAAGGCUAAAGCUUCUGGUAGGACUCCUGAAGAAUGCCGUAAAAUGGGUGAUGACAUCGGAGCUGCAAUUCUCGGGAACUACAAUGACAUUUUAAAGUCUUGUAAUGCUCUGGAUUACCAUGACCUCAUCAGCUGUUCUGUAAAGCUGCUUACUGAUUUUCCUGAAGUAUUCAAGGAGUGCAAGGAUUUAUGGAAAGCCAUUGUAAUAGAUGAGUUUCAAGACACAAGUUCCAUGCAAUACAAUCUUCUGCGGAUUCUUGCAUCUCAUAACCACAUAACUAUUGUUGGUGAUGACGAUCAGUCCAUUUUUAGUUUUAAUGGAGCUGACAUUUCUGGAUUUGAUUCGUUUCGCAAAGAUUUUCCGAACUACAAAGAGAUCAGACUUAAUAAAAACUAUCGAUCCACACGCUGUAUUGUGGAGGCUGCAUCUUCUCUUAUACAAAAUAAUAAAAACCGAUGCCAGUUAAAAGAUGUUAUCACUGAUAAUUCUUCUGGAUCUAAGAUAACUAUUAAAGAAUGUCACAAUGAGGAUGCACAGUGUGCAUUUGUUGUUGACAAGAUCUUGGAAACUGCUUCUAAUGGUUCUGCUGCGAGCUGCUCCUUUGGCAACAUUGCAAUUCUUUACCGGAGGCAGGUAUCAGGAAAAGUCUUCCAAAUGACUUUCCGUGAAAGAAAAGUACCUUUUAACAUUCAUGGUGUAGCAUUCUAUCGGAAAAAGGUUGUUAGAGCCAUUGUUGCUAUGCUUAGAACAACAUUGCCCGCUUGUGAUGAUGCCCAAUACCGUCAGGUCUUCAAGGCUUUACUUCCUUUUGAGAAAGAGGAAAAGAAGAGGGUAAUUGACCACAUUGACAAAAUAUCAACUGUUAGAAAAUGUAGCUUUAUAUCAGCUGCUUCCGACAUCUUUAGUGCAAAGGUUUCUGGUACCUUCAAGAGGAGUCAGCUCACCCAAGGACGCAAGGUGCUGUCAACACUUGAGAUAGUAUCAAAACUUGUUCACAGGGAACAAUCAAUUUCAGCUGUCAUAACCUCAGUAGCAAACAUGGUACCUCAGAAAUACCUUCUUGAGCAACGGGCAAUUAUUGAUGUUGAUGGAGGAAAAUUGUUGAAUGAAGACAAUGACAUCAGAUCUGUUCUUCAGUACUUGCUGGAUGACGUCUCUGAAUUUUUAUCAACUAAAUUCCUUGCUGUGGAAGGGGCUAGCAAAAUUAUAGUAGAAGAAAAAGGUUGUGUUAAUGUGCUCAAAGCUUUUAUUGACUUCAUAUCUGAGCGCGAGAGAGAAAAUUUUCGCUCUAGGAGACAUAAUAAUGAAAACUCUGUCACCUUGACUACCAUUCAUCAGUCAAAAGGCUUAGAAUGGGAUGUUGUUUUCAUUGUUAAGGCGAAUGAAUCUGAAAUUCCUUUGUUGCAUGAAUUUAAUGGCGUUGCAAAGGAAAAUGGGACCUCAAUUGAGGAGGAAAGGCGCCUGUUAUAUGUUGCCAUGACUCGUGCUCGGAAAAGACUUUUCAUUCUGUAUGUCAUGAUGGAUUCCAAUUGGCAGAUGCUUCAACCAUCAAGAUUUCUCAAAGAAAUUCCAGAUCAUCUUCGAGAGGUUCAGGCUGAACUCAGUAUACAAGAUUUACAAACAAAGCAGGAACACAUUCCAAAUGAAACCAUGCAGUUUUCCGUUGAUCUACCAAGAGAAAAAGAACUUUCUGAAGUAGAUAUGGUGCCAGAUGAGUUCCUAAAUACUUGUAAUUAUAAGGCUUCAGAAGAGUGGAAAGAACCAGUUGAGGCAAGCAAUGGGAAUAGUUUCUUAAGAAGAUUCAGUGUCGAGGAUAGAUUGGUUAUUUCCCAUUUAUUCCAUAAAUGGGCUAAGAAGCAAGCAUUUCAAAAUCCUAAGAGGUUGCUUGACAAGGUGGGCUUUGUGAUUGAUGAACGCCUAAGAGCCAAGAAAAACAAACACAAGGAUGUUUUGAGUGCUCUGAAGUCUUGCUUGAGCUGUGAUGAAGCAUUUCAAUAUGCAGAAUAUGUUUUGAGAUGGGAGAAAAUUCCUGCUGAUAAACGUGCCCAUUUCAUGCGGGAAAAGCAGGAGCAUUUCCAAAAACUAAGGAUUGAGAAUUCAAUGGGUUCAUCAGAACCAACAUGUAAACAGAUCUCUUUUUUGCAAAGUUUGGGAUGCACUGUCACCCCUUCAUCGCGUCUCCAUGCUUCACGUUUGAUCGAGCAGUAUAAAUCAUUGUGAUUAUUCGUCGUUACAAUUCCUGCGUGUUGUGAAAGGUCAUUUAUAAAUGUCUCUAAUGUUUGGUUAACGUAGGUUUAUACAAUGAUUGUCGUCGUAAAUCUUAUGAACUGUCAAGCCUAAAGAAAGGGCCAACUCACAGUUGAUAUUGAGGGUCAAUUUAGAUGCGUCUCAAAAGGCAUUGCUUAUUGCCUUGAGAGAAUGAAAGGUGAGCCAGUUUAUGUUUCGAGCCCCACGAUGAAAUAUAAUUAUAUGUAUAGUUUUACUUCCCCUUCUAUUAUGGAAGGUAUUAAUCUUGAAUUAUCACGUAGAACAUUGAAAAGAAAACGGAAGAUAUUUAUUUCAUUUUGUUA